AAUUUCUAGAGGGAAAGCAAAUGAAAACAACUUUUGCAACCGGCCUGUGAAAAACUCGAGAAAACUUCGAUUUUAUUUAAAUUCAAUAAAAAAUGUCACGUAAGGAGGCACUUUCGCAGUUCAUAAAUCAAAUUCAUGGACGCCCCGUGGUGGUUAAACUAAAUAGCGGCGUGGACUAUCGUGGUGUCCUUGCAUGUCUGGAUGGUUACAUGAACAUCGCACUGGAUCAAACAGAGGAGUACGUAAAUGGUCAGCUAAAAAACAAAUAUGGCGAUGCCUUCAUACGUGGUAACAACGUGCUAUAUAUUUCCACGCAGAAACGGCGGGUAUGAAACUUCAAAAUGAAACUGGACAAUUUCUCCAAACGGUCACAUAAUUGCGGUUUUUACUUUCAUAAUGCUUAGUAUAAUUAAAGUAAUAAUAAAUAACAAAAAAUA